GGCUUCAAGUCUUCCUCAGCAGGGGGAGCACAAUCUCAGGCUCCGUGAGGCGUCGUGAGAGGCGACCUGUACCUCGAUCCCAGUUGGACCUGGGACCAUGAAGAAAUCAGACCGAAGGUCUAGCCUGCGGAUAGUUUUAGCAUCCUAGUACGCCGAACCUUCUUCAUCCAGACUGAAUGACCAGUCGGGAUGGCAGGCGGACGGAGAGGACUUGUAGCCCCUCAGAACACUUUUCUAGAGAAUAUUGUCCGACGGUCUAACGUAUGGACAUUAUCACAUAGACAGACAGACACCAAUUUUGUUCUGGGUAAUGCUCAGAUUGUGGACUGGCCCAUCGUGUACAGUAAUGAUGGAUUCUGCAAGCUCUCAGGCUACCAUCGGGCUGAAGUUAUGCAAAAAAGUAGCACUUGCAGCUUCAUGUAUGGGGAACUUACAGAUAAGGAAACGUGUGAGAAAGUGAGACAGACCUUUGAGAACUACGAGAUGAACUCUUUUGAAAUUCUCAUGUACAAGAAGAAUCGGAUGCCGGUGUGGUUCUUUGUCAAAAUUGCUCCUAUUCGCAACGAGCAGGAUAAGGUGGUAUUGUUUCUGUGCACUUUCAGUGACAUCACUGCAUUUAAACAGCCCAUCGAAGAUGAUUCAUCCAAAGGUUGGGGUAAAUUUGCCCGUUUGACCCGAGCCCUCACCAGCAGUCGUGGGGUGCUGCAACAGCUUGCUCCGACUGUGCACAAGGGAGAAAAUGUCCACAAACACUCCCGCCUAGCCGAGGUGCUACAGCUGGGCUCUGACAUUCUCCCUCAGUAUAAGCAGGAGACACCAAAGACACCCCCCCACAUCAUCCUCCACUACUGCACUUUUAAGACCACCUGGGACUGGGUGAUCCUCAUCCUCACCUUCUACACCGCCAUCAUGGUGCCCUACAAUGUCUCCUUCAAGACUAAGCAGAACAAUGUGACAUGGCUGGUGGUGGACAGCAUUGUGGAUGUCAUCUUCCUGGUGGACAUUGUGCUCAACUUCCACACCACUUUCGUGGGACCUGCUGGGGAGGUGAUAUCUGACCCCAAGCUGAUCCGCAUGAACUACGUGAAGACCUGGUUCGUCAUCGACCUGCUGUCCUGCUUGCCCUACGAUGUCAUCAAUGCCUUUGAGAACGUGGAUGAGGGCAUCAGCAGUCUCUUCAGCUCCCUGAAGGUGGUGCGGUUGCUGCGGCUGGGCCGGGUGGCACGGAAGCUGGACCACUACAUUGAGUAUGGGGCGGCGGUGCUGGUGCUGCUGGUGUGCGUCUUCGGCCUGGCCGCCCACUGGCUGGCCUGCAUCUGGUACAGCAUCGGGGACUACGAGGUCAUCGACGAGGACACCAACGCCGUGCGCACUGACAGCUGGCUCUACAUCCUGGGCGAGACGGUCGGGUCGCCCUACCGCUUCAACGUCAGCGGCUCUGAGAAGUGGGAGGGCGGCCCCAGCAAGGACUCGGUCUACAUCACCUCGCUGUACUUCACCAUGACCAGCCUCACCAGCAUCGGCUUUGGGAACAUCGCGCCCACCACGGAUGGCGAGAAGAUUUUUGCCGUGGCGAUGAUGAUGAUUGGAUCUCUCCUGUAUGCAACCAUCUUUGGUAAUGUGACCACCAUCUUCCAGCAGAUGUAUGCCAAUACCAACAGGUACCACGAAAUGCUCAACAGUGUACGAGACUUCCUCAAGCUCUACCAGGUUCCCAAAGGCCUGAGUGAGAGGGUCAUGGAUUACAUCGUCUCCACGUGGUCCAUGUCCAGGGGCAUAGAUACUGAAAAGGUGUUACAGAUCUGCCCUAAGGACAUGAGAGCAGACAUCUGUGUGCACCUGAACAGGAAGGUAUUCAAGGAGCACCCAGCAUUCAGGCUCGCUAGUGAUGGCUGUCUGCGUGCCCUGGCCAUGGAGUUCCAGACCAUCCACAGUGCCCCAGGGGACCUCAUUUACCAUGCUGGAGAAAGUGUGGACAGCCUUUGUUUCGUGGUGUCUGGCUCCCUAGAAGUGAUUCAGGAUGAUGAAGUCGUGGCCAUUUUAGGAAAGGGGGACGUCUUCGGGGAUGUCUUCUGGAAGGAAGCAACCCUGGCCCAGGCAUGUGCCAAUGUGCGGGCGCUGACCUACUGUGACCUCCACAUUAUCAAGCGUGACGCUCUGCAGAAAGUUCUGGAGUUCUACACAGCCUUUUCGAAUCACUUCUCCCGCAACCUGCUGCUGACAUACAAUCUAAGGAAGAGGAUCGUGUUCCGGAAGAUCAGUGACGUGAAGCGUGAGGAGGAGGAGCGUCUCCGGCGGAAGAAUGAGGCGCCCCUGAACUUGCCCCCUGACCACCCCGUGCGCCGCCUCUUCCAGAGGUUUCGGCAGCAGAAGGAGGCCCGUCUGGCCGCAGAACGGGCCAACCAGGAUGAGCAUGACGUGGAGAGGGGCAUAGUCCGCAUGGAGCAGACCAGGGUCCAUGAUGCCAUUGCCACCACCAGCAUCGUCACAGUGACCGAGAGCCCCGCCACCCCCAUCUCGUCCAUCUCAGCCGCUGCCUCAACCUCCAGAGCCUCCGGCCAUGCCAAGCUUCAGGCUCCUCCUGCUUCCUCCUCUGGGGGCAGCAAGUCCACUGAGCCCACCAAGGGCAAAGGAUGGGGCAGGUUAAAGGAGUCAGUGGGGAAGGGAGAAAACUGGAACAAGGUCUCCAAGGCCGAAUCCAUGGAGACACUGCCAGAGAGAACUAAGGUCCAUGAGGAGACGUCUCUGAAGAAGACGGAUUCUUGUGACAGUGGCAUCACCAAAAGUGACCUGCGGUUGGACAACGCGGGGGAGGUGCGCAGUCCGCAGGACCGGAGCCCCGUGCAGCCGGAGCUCAGGCAUGCCUUCUACCCAAUCCCUGAGCACACCAUCCAGGCCUCCUUCCUGGAGCUCAAGCACGAACUCAAGGAGGACAUCAAUGCCCUCAACAGCCGCAUGGCUGCCCUGGAGGGCCAGCUGGCUGAGAUGCUGAGGAUACUCAAGUCGAGGAAGUCACCAUACUCCCCCCAGCCGCUCUCCGAGAUAUCACGGCCUCCCUCCCCAGAAUCAGACAAAGAGGACAUUUUCUCAUAGUGUCCAUAGAUGAGACUGUGUCCCCUGGUCCUCAAGUUCUUGCUUCAGCAGGAGGGAAUGAAACCUUUGCUCAGGUGGCACCUCCAGAAACAAUGGCUAUAUCUGGGAGUAGACUGGAUUACAGCUUCAUUGUCUUUGUACAUACAGCAAACUGUAUAGCAUUCCAGAAUUAUUCUUUUGUAAACU